GACACUGAAACAUGUAAAGCAGAAGCAAGUGGUUCUCAUUUUAAUUUCUUAGGAAGAUAAUUACGUUCUAUUAAGCAUAUUUAAUUAAAAGAAAAUAAAAUAGAAAUUUAAAAGGAUGAUUUAUGUGUAGGAUAAAUAUAUGACAUUGUUCAAUUAAAAUUUUCUGAAGUAGAAUAAUAGGCUUAUUUAAGCAAUAUUGAUGGUGGUUUAUGUCUUUCUCCGAAUUUGUAAAAGAGAAACCUUUUGAAGUUUUUAGAAUAAAAAGGUUAGAAUGUUAAUUAAUUUUCAAUUUAUAUAAAUAAGGAUUAAAGUUAGCUUGUUUUUGGAAAAUCAAACGAUUUCUUCAAAUAACCUGAAAGUUAAUUUUAAUCAUUUAAAAAUUCAUUAGAAGAUGAAAAAUUAAUCUGGUCAUUAAGAUUAGGCACCGAAAUAAAAUUAAAUUAUGAAAAAAAGGAAAUUAAAGUUUCUUCAUAAUUAACAAAUCUUCCAUCAAAAGAUUAAAGUUAAUUAUCUAAAGCAGUAUUUGACUCAACUACUAGAUAUUAUGUAUUUCCUGAUGCCAUAUUCUAACAUUUCAAUGUAUAAAGUCAUAAUUGUAGUUAAGAAAAUACAUAAUACAUCUGUGAUUGUUAAAAUUGGCCAGAAAUCAACUUUUAAUUAUUAAAAGAUUCAACUAAAGAUUACGAAGAUUCUAACCUUUAAUCCUUUAAGGUGCCUUCUGAUAAUUAUUUACAUAAAUUAGAAAAUGAAAAAUGUUUACUCUUAAUUAAAUUCUAAGAAGAUGCCUUCUCAAAUGAAUUUGUAUUAGGAACUUAAUUCUUAUAAUAAUAUCAUGCAGUCUUCAAUCUUGAUUAAAAUACUAUUUUAUUAGCCGAAUCUUAUAGCUUUGUACCUGGAGAUUCUAAAACUAAUUUGACUUUCUUAAUUAUCUUUAUUAUUUUGGCUUGCUUACUUGUUUUAUUAGCUGUUAUUGGAUUACUUUUGAUUUUAAAGAAAAUAAAAUUACCUAAAUAAUAACAAGGUAUCAACUUAUAUGAAAACAUAAAAACACAGAAUAGUAAAGACAAUAGUUUUAAUGCUCCUAAAGCUGCUUAUGAAAUUUAAAGUGCCUAUAGAUCUUAACCUGGUUAUUUACCUUAGAAUGCUUAUGUACCUUAAAAUGCUUAUAUACCUUAGAAUGCUUAUAUAAAUUAAAGUAAUUAUGUAUCUUAACUGUCUUGAAGUUGUAAGAGAAGAUGAGUUUUAUAUUAAGUUUUUAGUUUUUUUAUUAUUAUUUUAUUUUUUCUUUAAUUUUUGUUUGUUAUUAAGAUAAGUUAUUUAUUAUAUUAA